AUGGCCGGGCGGCCGCCCUUCCAGUCCAGAGACCGCGCCGGAGACUGGACCUGCCCGGGGUGCAGCUUCCUGGUGUUCGGGACCCGGGACAGGUGCCCGCAGUGCGGGGCGACGAGGGAUGCGGCCCGCUCGCCUGCGGAGACCCAGGACUCCGCCGCAGAUGCGGAACUGCCGUCUUUGUUCAGCUUCCUGCGGAGCUGGGCGAAGGCCACGGCGCGCUCCCUGGAGCCUGCGCUCACCGACGCCGUGCUCAACUACAUCGCCGCGGAGUUUGGUGCCGCGCCGGCCGUGCUGCAGCUCGACCCGUGGGGCGCGCGCGGGCUCGUGGACGGCGCCGGCGUGCUCGCGCGGCUGCCGUCUGGGCGAGGUGCGCAUCGUGGCCGAGGCGGCGACAGGCCACCCUUCAGGCGGCGGCCCGGCGGGCCGCCGCCGCGGGAGUCCAACAUGUUUUGGGGCAUCGAGAAGCUGGAGGAGAACCCGUACUGGUGGCGAGCAGACGUCGAGGAAAUCUGCUUCGACCUGCAGAUGACGGAGCCAGAGGACCUGACUGAGCGAGUUUCUCCUAUGAUGCGACAAUGGUGGGACGUCGAGAAGCUUGCCGAGUCUGAUAGCUUCAUCGCCAUCUCCAAGCCUCCUGGCAUGUUCGUGAGGACGGACGACGACGGCCUUUGGGAGAAGUCGCCCCAGAAUUUCGUGCAUGUUGCCCACCAGCGGUUCGACAUGGCGAGCAAGGACGAGCCCAGACAGCGCGGGAUAUGUCACCGCCUGGACCUGUGCACCAGCGGCGUGCAGAUUUUCGGCAACUCGUGGGAGGCGUUCCAGCAUUUCGCGACGCAGAAUUCCGCCCACAGGAUGCAGAAGGAGUACCUGACGCUGGUGCACGGGCGCCUGGGCGGCCCAGACCGGCCGAAUAUCGGGGUCAUUGACGUGCCCAUGAAGAAGUGGCAAGACAUGACGAGGCGCGAGUUCGGCAGCGUCGUCUGCGCCAACAGGGAGGGGAAAGAGUCUGUCAGCAAGUACCGGGUUCUCAGGCAGUGGAAGGUACCUGCGAAGGGCACCACGCGCUUCUGGGGAGAGGACCGCUGGUUCUCCCUGGUGCAGAUGCGGAUCAUGACCGGCAGGACGCACCAGAUCCGGGUCCACAUGGCUUUCCUGGGGCACCCGCUCGUGUGCGACGAGAAGUACAACCCGUCGAGCGUGGAGCAGGAUAUGGUGCUGGUGCCCCGCAUUUUCCUGCACUGCACCCGAAUGCAGUUCGAGGACAUGGACGGCUCCAUGUUCACCGCCUCGAGCGACCUGGCGCCAGAUCUGCAGGUGGCCCUGCAUCGGCUUCACGAGCUGUCCGAGCUGCCUUCUGGGGCCUCCGCGGAGGCCGCGGCUCCAGCUGCAGCCGCGACGGCCGGGCCCGGCUUCCCGGGCUUCCAGUGGCUGCUGGAGCACACUAAGGCCGCCGAACCGGAGGAGUUUGUUGUGCCCGAGGGGGGCUUCGAGGAUUUGGCCAUCGCGCACAACUGCUACAACUGCCAGGAGGUCGAGAAGGCCACCUGUUCGCUGGUGCGGCGAGACUCCAGGAGCGCCCUCAGCUGGAAGCUGACGGCGCAGGAGGCCUCCGAUGGCGCGGCGGCUGUGGCGGACAUGCUGGCACGGGGCCUGGAGGCCAGCUGGGGCCCCCGCGUCCUGUGGAUGCCCUCCGGCCAGCGCCAGCUGCAGGAGGAGCUUCGCUCCGCCGUCGCGGCGGAGGCCCAGGACCUGCGGGAGCCGCUGCCGCAGGAGCUGGGGAAGCAUUGGGGCGCCCACGGCUACAGAUGGGCUUGGGCGCACGACGGCGAGAACGAGAACGGCUGGUUCCGCCUGCACGCCGGCGGCGUCCUCACGACCAACUGGGGCAACGGCACUUGGGAGCUUCUGGAGCGCAACUCCACGGAGGUCCUGUUGGUCACUUUCUGCUCGGUGGAGCACGCCCUGCGCUUCCAGGACGUCGGGAGUACGGCUGGGGCCAGUUUCGACAUGGUGUCCAAGAGGCGGUUGAACCAGCAGCCUGGCAUUCGCGAUGAUAUCCGACGAGGUUGCCACGUCGAGGCGCUGGAUCCCGGGGCUCCGGCAGCUGGCACCACGCGCGGGUGGCCGCUGCGGGCCGGCGGCAGCGUCGUCGGCGAUGCCCUCGGCGCUCGGUUCGGGCCGGGCGAGGCAGUGUCGGCGGACAGCAGCCGCGAGGGCGACGGGGCAGCGAGCGGGGCAGGGUCCGCGGGCGGCGGAGGCGGGGCGGGGGCAGCGUGCAGGGAGGCGCCACGCCGGAGCGGGCGGGCGGAGAAGAGCGGCUUGCAGCAGCGGAGCCGAAGCGCCACGCCAAAGUUUAGGUUGCCGAGCACAGUGUCUCAAGUACGGGUGGUGCCGUGGAUCAGAACUUCACUGUCCACCUGGAUGGCACGCUUGCUGCUGCUGCCCAGGCAGUCAACGAUGUUUUCGAACAAGGGGCAGCUGACCAUGUUCUCCGAGAGGAUCUCCCUCUCGGUGCUCUCCUUCCUGUUCAAGGAGGCCCACGGCUUCGUCCUCACGCAGUUCUACUGCAUCGUGCCGCUCAGCUACAUGGUGUGUACGGCUUAUUGGAGCAUCUUCCGCUUGAAGAUCGUCGGCUGGUACGGUUUGUACGCAAAUCACAAUACCGACACGGGCAGUUUGUUGUGGUGCGCCUCGAUCCUUGCAAGGCGCGGCGCCCACUGA